ACGUUGUCCCGCCGUCGUCGUCGUCCGUUCGAAAAGACAGCCAGCAGCACCGCGCCGUAGCGAAGAAGAAGAGUCACAAAAACGCAAGACUGAAAAAAGUUUAGUCACGAAAGGGAGGAAAGUGUCAGGCCAUCCGCGCGACUAAAAUACGCGUAAAUUAGGUAUCGCUGCGGAUUAGCAGAAGCGGAGAACGUGAAAUUCGGCUCGAUCAGCUCCCCGCCUGCAGCAGGAGCGCCUUUCCCUUCGUCGGAACACCCGGAGACAACAAAACAGGAACCCGGCAGCAGCUCACAAUGGCCUCCACAACCGGUGUGGUGGUACCACGUAAUUUUCGGCUCCUGGAAGAGCUGGAAGCAGGCCAAAAGGGAGUAGGCGAUGGCACCAUUUCCUGGGGAUUGGAGAACGAUGAUGAUAUGACCCUCACUCACUGGACUGGCAUGAUCAUCGGCCCGCCUAGAACACCAUAUGAAAAUAGGAUGUACUCGUUGAAAGUGGAAUGUGGUGAACGUUAUCCAGACGAACCACCAACGCUAAAGUUUAUGUCAAAGAUCAACAUCAAUUGCAUUAAUAGUCAAAACGGAGUGGUCGAUCAUCGGAUGGUUCCCGUGCUGAACAGAUGGAACCGUGAUCAUACCAUUAAGACAAUUCUUCAAGAGAUCCGUAGGAUUAUGACGUUAAAGGAAAAUCUAAAGUUAACACAGCCACCGGAAGGAAGCUGCUUCUAGUGGCUUUAAGCAACGGGUGGGAAACUAAGAAAGGCAUAACUACAACCCGGAACAAGCUAUAAUACACAUACAUCGUGGAACUCUACACUCUUGCUGCUGGUUUUGGUUGUUUUGCGUCGCCGUCAUCCUUGGUCGUGUGGGUGAUUGCACGACAGUCGUCUAUUAUUGUUGCUGUAAACGAGAUCCUUGUAAAAUAAACGAGAAAAUACCCGCACUAUCUACUGCUACACUCUAUCUUCACAGCACAGAGAGAUUUAAGUAUAGUCUGCUAGGUACUUUCAACAACAUUUACUGUUGCUGCUGUUCUACAAUUUUCCCACUUUUCGUUACGUUGAUUAGAAGAAAUGGAAUAUCCUGCUUAAUAUAAACCAUCAUUGGCAGCAAGAGCCAAGAAUCUUGCUGCAAAAGUCACCAACAAAUGCACUUUAGUGAAGAAAAAAGAAAGCAAGAUACAUUCACAGCCACUCAGAAAAAGAAAUCAUAUUUCCUACUAUUCCUAGAGACAGAAAGAAAGAAAGAGAGAAAAAGACGCAAGAGAUAUCUGUUGAUAAGGGGGUUUGAAAUGGAAAAACAAUGCUUGAAAAGAUAAUUACAGUAACCCUACACCACACUCCAAACGGUUUGAAUUAUGGCGAGUGACAUUCUAAGUUUCAUGACGAGCAAAUUUUGCUCUUACAAUCGUUAUGAGGCUUGAAAUGUUACUGGGUAGUCGCUGAACACUCAAAGAAGGAAUACACUUAGAAGCUAUGCAAUGUAAUAAUUGGAAAUGAGUGGAAGUUUCAUGCAAAACAGCAUCGGUAAAUCAAAAUUUUGCAAUGAAAUAUUCAAAAUAAAUGAUAAAACCGUUAAAAAACAUUUGAACAGCACUAAAAACUGUAGAGCGACAAUGGAAAAAUAAAUGAUCAAUGAAACAUCGUGAACGACUCCAACGCGAAAACGAAAAAAGAAACUGGAAAUGUAAUCGAAAGACAAAGAACUGUUAAUUAAAAGCUGAUCUGUUGAUAACCGGGCAAUUUCGGAUUUUUAUGUUUUCCUUGCAAGUUUUCAGUGUCAUAGUACAUCUGGAAAGCUGUAGUUGUCUAAAGUUAAUUUGUCAUUUUCUUUCAUUGUUUUUUUGCGGUUUCAUGAUUUAAAAUUUAUUUCGCUGUAAUUUUGAAUAUCUUCUGCUACUUUCAAUAAACUAUUGCUCAUUUCUAGUUAUUACCCGAGACGCGAUAAAUACAGAAAGAGUUAUCCCUUCCUUCAGUGCACUGAAUUAUCGAAAAUUUAAAAUGAUGAUAACAUACUGUAGUAGGACAAACUUAAGUGAAAUUGAUGAUAACGGUUUAGAAUAUUAACUCUAACACUGCUGAUGAUCGAAGAAGGAAACAAUAAAUGCGGAUACUAUUCUCAAGAAAACAAACCAUUGUCCAGAAGAUUAUUUUACCGUGAAGAAAGGGCCUUCGUUCUCGGUAGCGAUUUGUUUUCACCAGUUCAAAGUAAUCCAGAAGAUCACCUUAGGAUAUUUCGUGAGUCGAUGGCAGAGUCGAUCUUUAGUGCUUCUUAAUCGUUGCUUUGCCCGUAGUAUACAUUUAGGAGGUAUCGCAUCACGAUCUUCGCCCGAACAGUGAGAGGUGAAUGUCUUUAUACCAGAAGUGAGUAACAUGCAAGUGGGAUGUAAGGAAUUGUUUCCAGCCAGUAGAAUAUACAAGGCUAGACUAAUCGGAGAUAGCUGCGUUAACUAUACAUAUUAUCCAAUCUUAUGUUACAUUGUGCAGCAGCAUAUACUUCCUCCAACGAGCACGUGGUCCAGGAUUACUCUUAUGUAGGAAAUUUUUUGAUAGUAAACCGUGACGUUCUGAUAUGUUCCAAUGCCCGACAAAAAAAAAACAACUAGAUGUAUCAAAUCUUUCAAAUUUCGUUCAACUAUGACGCGAAACGAAGCUAAGCGCGGUACUGACUACUGAUCUGUUUGAUAGAGCCUCCUAGAAUUAGACCUUCAAACUCCCAUCCUCUCUUUAUCGAAUCAGAAUAACACUGACAUUACCUAGAGGAACCAAGAAAAUCAACGAGAUGGAGCUUUCGUUCUUUUAAAACAGCAUUACCGAAUAAAGAUGGUAAAAAUCUGCAAGAA